UAAGUACAGGAAGAAAGAAAAGCAAAAAUGCAGAAUGCACAGUUCCCCUCUUCUAAACUGCUCGCCAAGUUCUUUCGCAACACAAUGCCCUCUCUCUCCCUCCCUCCCUCGCUUCUAUCUUCAUAAAUCGAUAUUUCACGGCGGAGAUGUCGUUCUUAUCGUCCUCACAAGCUGAGAGUGUUCUACCUCCUCUUCAACAGAACCGGGUGGUGCUCGGGUGCGGCUCUUUGUCUGUUGAUUACCUGGCGACGGUGGUGGCGUUUCCUAAACCAGAUGAUAAGAUCCGGAGCACUAGUCUGAAAGUAGAAAGUGGUGGCAAUACAGGGAAUGCCCUAACUUGUGCUGCUCGAUUGGGUUUUAAAUCCUGGUUGAUUUCUAAGGGCUCAAGCCAUGAUUCUUCCUUCCUCACAAUUCAUGUAGAAAGGAACCCAUCUCCGUCGCGCCUAUCAGAGCUUCGAACUAAAUCAUGGCCAAAAUGGGGCUGCCCUCCAGGAAAAUACUAUCUGAAGUUUGAUGCAGAAGAAAUAUGCUACUUUCUUAAGGGGAAAGUCAGAGCACACAUAAAGGGAUUAUCAGAGAUUGUAGAGUUUGGAGCUGGAGAUCUUGUUGUUAUUCCUAAGGGACUCAGUUGCACCUGGGAAGUCUUUGUGGCAGUUGAUAAAUACUAUAAGUUUCAGUGAUCUUCUACUGAUGUAAGUAUGUUUCUGAGGUUUUAGAGUUGAGUUAAUAUUGUAAUAUUUUUUCAACUACAUCAAAGUUACAGAACUUCAUGAUGAAGCUGGAGACAUUGUCGUCAUCCAUUAAUUUUCUUAUUUCAUGAAAACAAGAUAAUAAGUUGUGGGUCCUCAAGAUUGGGAGUUUGCUUUUGCUU